AUGACCGACCUCGCCUUCGCCUUCAGUGAUGAUGUGAGUCUGAGUGGGCGUCCCUCUCAGAUCGAAGCGGAGCUUACCAGCCUGUGCCAGACCAUCUUGGCCUUGCUGACCGACAAGCUGAUCCCGGGUGCCACAACAGCAGAGGCGAAGGUGUCCUACUACAAGGCACAAGGCGACUACUACCGGUACAUGGCUGAAAUCAGCGACGACAUGGACCGGACAAGAGCCACCACAGCAGCAAAAGCGGCUUACGAGGAUGGCACAAAGGUGGCUGAGACUUCACUGAAGGUGACUAGCCCCUUUCGCUUAGGCCUCGCACUGAACCAUGCAGUCUUCUACUACGAGGCCAGUCGUUUCUCUGUGCCGCCUGUGUCGGAGACAGACUUGGAGGGCUCCGCUGUCCGCGUCUUUGUCAACUUGGAUGUCACCUCUCCUGGCCCCCUCAAAUCCUUCCUUCGUAAGGUGGGGUCGGUGGCGCUGGUGGCUGUCUUCGCCGUGCGGCGCCGCGUCCGCGGCACGCGCCUGGAGGAAGUGAAGCCCGGGCCGCCUGGGCCGCCCGGGCCGCCCGGCGUGUCGCUGGCCGAGCUUCGAGGCCCUGAUGGGAUGAUGGACCUGGUGGCUCGUGGAGGGAGCGUCUUCGGGUUUCAGACGGAGACGACCUCCGAGGUCGCCGCCGACGCCCUCUUGGCGCUCCUCUACUCCAAGCACGCAGGAGCGAGGAACUAUUUGAUUUCUUCGGCGACAGAGAGAGAGAGGCAACAGUGCUUCCGAGAGCUGCUUUGCCUCGAUGAAUCCAAGAAGACGAUUUGGCUCUCGGGCACCGAUUUGGAGCCCCAGAAGCUCUACAAAGCUCCAAAGGCAAGAGCGAGCGCUGUGGCGGUUCGUGUCUUCGCUUCUCGGCUUCGAACGCAGGUCAUGAAUGCUCCAACAGAGGCUGUCCGCAUCGGGCGCAAGGCUUUCGAGGAUGCAGUGCGUGAGAUUGACAACCUUGGCGAAGACGGUGCCAAGGAAGAGAGAGAGAGAGAGAGAGAGAACGAAAAUGUACGAUCCUAG